AUGCCGGUAUUAGGCCAAGGAAACCAACAAAAUGGAGGCUCCUCUGGAAGCCGGAGUCGUCCGCAGACGUCGCCGUUUCUUGCUCCACAACGACUAGGUGCCGACGAGGUGGUAUACGCACCCUAUACUGCAUGGAACCCGUCUCGGCACGAGCUGAAAAAAUAUCCUUUUCGCGGUCUUCCCGACCCAGCGGAGAUUCAACGCUUAAAAGAUACGGGUUGUUGAGUUUGUGUUGGAACAUUCGAACACAGACUGUUAAGUCCCGUCUAGUUUCUCAUUGAGAAGCGUUUGAGUUUGAUACAGAUUGCACUAACAGCCUGAGACAAAUGAUCUCUGGCUGCUUUGAUCCCUGUGGAUGUUCAUUGGGGUUGCAAGGGAAGGAAGUCUCAGCUUCUUCAUUGGGAUAUCAUGUUGCAUGGGAAAGCUUUCAUAUGCUUCAUAUGGGAACGCCUAUGCUAUCGUCAUUGACUCACACGAUUAUCCAUAUGCUCUUUGAACUGAUCAGAACUGGCAAAACGUUACGAACCUGAUUACAGCUAUGAACAUUCGUUGUUUCUGCUAUCUGCAUACGUUGAGGGUCCUUUGCCUGUUGAUCAUUGAUUUUGGAACCAUACGCAUUUAGGUCUGUAGGUUAUCUCUGAGAUCUUUCCUGUGUUGCUUUGUCCUUGACUGUGUUGAGAGACUUGAAACGACAAACGAGAGAGAGAGGAGAAACCAGAGACACCCGCGCGACGGUAAACCCGUCGGGCGUUUGGAUAGUGCUCCGGUAACCUUUUGCCUGGCGAUCUUGGUCAUUUUGAUGAUCUUCAUCCUUCUGAUCUUGUUGGAUCUUUGUGAUAGUUUCAAGGAUUUACGACCAUGACCAACAGUUUGUUGAGUUAGUUUUUAUAGAAUGGAGGCAUUGAUCUUCGGUCUCAUGUUAUGAUACUCUUACUUAUUCGAUUGAACGAAACUACGGCACAGAUAUCAUCUUCGACAGUUUCCUCCUGGUUAGAAUAACAUAAUGUGCAAUAUGUAGAGUAAAAGAAGUUUUUUCUUCAUGGGAGAGCACAUUCGUUUGAAGGCAGAGGCGGAGGCCAGGGAUCCAGGCGGACACAAGAGGCGUAGGAGGAACAUGCGACGAAAACGAACUCCCGGUCGCCGGGCCAAGGUUGCCGAAUCGGCCUCGCCCGCUAAGAAAAAACGCGGCGCCAAAAAGGGAUUCGACUAUUCGGCGUCACGAACGAGUGGCGGCGACGGUGAGGACGACAAGGAGAAUGUUGGAAACAGCACUGCAUCGAUGGCGGCAGCCGCCUUGGCUUCACCACGAAUGGAACAACCAGGUAGAGGUCCAGCAAUUCCGAUGAUUUCACCGGAAAACAGCUUCCUGUCGGAAAAAAUGGACAGUAUCAUGAAAGGCCUGCACUUCUCGCUCCAGAGCUCGGUUUCGACGCUGCCAUCGCACUUGCAGCCCUUCGUGUCAACUUCCUUAUUGCGACAUUCGCAGCGCUCGACGGGAAAGGGCCGGAACGAAGUCGUCGCAAGACAGGAGGCCAACCCGUUCGCCAUUCCUUUUUCUGGGGACCACGCAGUCGGAGCGCGAUCAAAGGUGAACGCCCACCUGCGGCAGGAAGCGGUGCAGCGUCGGCCACUGACCCGAGAAGAACAGAGCGCGCAGAGAUGGUAUCGACUAGCGAGUGGGCGGAUGUUGUCAAAGAAGGGUCGAAAACUCGGGUUGCAGGAGAGUAUUCCCGAGUGGCUACAUCUCAAAGUGCACUCGGAUAUGCCCGAUUGGUUCGACCGACACCACGUCACCUACAGAAAUGACGGCAAAAUAAUAACGCAACGAGAGUACUUCUACUUGUUUUUAUGAAUGUGUUUCUAUCAGCAUCUAAGAACAUAUAGAGGGGUUGUUCUGCUUCCUCAUUGCUUGUUUCACCCCUUUCGAGAAUGCACUGUAUUAGUUGUAAGAUAGAGAAUUCGUUUCAUACAUUUUGAGAAAAGUAUGAUUCAGAGAUGAUAGUACUUCAUCUCCCCUCAGGUUUUUCGACCUUCCAAGGCAGAUACCCGACGAGCAACUCGACUAUGUGAUCCGGACACGACAAAACCGAUACAAGUUUAUGCCACGGCCUUGGACUGAAGGUACUUCCGUAGCCUUAGAUAAAAUCCUUUUCUCAGACAAGGAAACUUCUAAAUCCUUUUCACACAACAGAGAAGAUUCACUAGGAUCUAGUCAGCGAAACUACUUUCUUUGUGAUGCAGUGAUGAAAUCAAGAAAUGCCUGGUUUACUAAUGCUCAUCUUCGACACGAAAAGGUAAUGGACAAUUUUUUCCGGAACCACCGCCAAUUGUACCAACGAGUAGGCCGACCGUGCAGGGCGCAAUUCACAGCCAAUGGCAGGACGUUGCGGCAAAUAGGCCACAGACUACGCCUGACAUAGAGCUGGGUCCUCUCGGCAAAGAAGUGCAGGAACAGCGGCUUCUGACGGCUUUAGCCUCCAGGGAGGCACUAGAUGUCAUCGAUCCAAGUCUAGGGAAGCCUUCCACUGCGCCGGCAAGUACUUAUCAAAAUAUGCUUCGGAAUUUAUCUUUUUUAGUCAACAUACGUCAUUCUCUCGCAUUCGCACGUUCGUUGUAUGCGGCUCAUGGGUUUUGCAGAGCACUCAAAGGACAUUCCCCUAACGGUUUUGCGCAGCACUUGAGGGGCAGUCCCUUAACGGUUUCGCGCAGCACUUACGGGGCAGCCCCUUAACGGUUUCGCGCAGCACUUAGGGAGCAGUCCCUUAACGGUUUCGCGCAGCACUUAAGGGGCAGCCCCUAGCGGUUUCGCGCAUCACUUAAGGGGCAGCCCCUUAAUGUUUUCGCGCAGCACCUAAGGAGCAGCCCCUUAGCGGUUUCGCGGAGCACUAAUGGAGCAGUCCCUUAACGGUUUCGCGCAGCACUUAAGGAGCAGUCCCUUAAUGGUUUCGCGCAGCACUUAAGGGGCAAUCCCUUAACGGUUUCGUGCAACACCGAAGGGGCAGCCCCUUAACGUUUUCGCGCAGCACUUAAGGAGCAGUCUCUUAGCGGUUUCGCGCAGCACUUAAGGAGCAGUCCCUUAACGGUUUCGUGCAACACUUCUGGGGCAGCCCCUUGAGGGUUUCGCGCAGAACCUAAGGAGUAGCCCCUUAACGGUUUCGCGCGCCACUGAAGGAGCAGUCCCCUAACGGUUUCGCGCAGCACUUACGGAGCAGGCCCUUAACGGUUUCGCGCAGCACUUAAGGCGCAACCCCUUAACGGUUUCGUGCAACACCUAAGGGGCAGCCCCUUAACGGUUUCGCGCAGCACUUGAGGAGCAGUCCCUUCACGGUUUCGCGCAGCACUUAAGGAGCAGUUCCUUAACGGUUUCGUGCAGCACUUAAGGGCCAGCUCUUUAACGGUUUCGCGCAGCACCUAAGGAGUAGCCCCUUAACGGUUUCGCGCAGCACUUAAGGAGCCGUCCCUUAACGGUUUCGCGCAGCACUUAAGGAGCAGUCCCUUAACGGUUUCGCGCAGCGCUUAAGGGGCAGCCCCGUAGCGGUUUCGCGCAUCACUUAAGGGGCAGCCCCUUAAUAAAUGUUUUCGCGGUGCACUUAGCCGAAGAAAGCGACUUGGCCGCUCACUUUUUGGCUAGUCGGCCGGCCACCGCCUAAGCGACCCACCCGUUCACCGCUUAAGCGACUCGGCCGGUGACCGCUUAAGCGACGCGGUCGAUCACCGCUUAGGCGAUACAGCCCUUCGCCACCAGGUACUAAGUGCCAGCAAGUUGUCUGCUACGCGGGGACUCGCCGGGCCGCUAAAAUGGUGACCUGCCACGGUACUUAGGUUAUAAGCGGCCGCGUCGCUUAAGUGGUGACCUGUCGUGUCGCUUAAGCGGUGAACGGAAGCGUCGCUUAAGCGGUGAUUGUCCGAGUCGCUUAAGCGGUGACCGUCCGAGUUCGUUUAUCGGCGGCCGUGAGUAGAUUGCGACAAUUCUUUCGUUCAAGGAAGCAUGUUGCACAUUGAUGUAUUUCUCAUAGAUUCGAGGCGAGGCGCUGGAUGGAGGGAGGACUUUGUGCGGCUAGAAUCGAAUAAAAACUGGUAUUUGCACUCAAGCACGCGCGAGUACUUCAGUCAAGACAUGCCGAGCAUUUCCAGUCUGGCCACCACUAACGGUAGUACUGGUACUCGCUAGCGUGUGAUCGAUCGAUGGAGCGAUGCAGUAGCUUGCCUAGACAACUUGCAUGAGAUCAGACGGAAUUAAUUUGCAGAGUUCUGCUGUUUAUCAAUUUGCAGAGUUCUGCUGUUUUUGUUUACCGCACUAUGGGGCGUCCGAGUACAUGUAAACGUGUUCAAGCGAUUUACGACUUUCGUACACUAUGAGCAUGAGUCAAAGAAAUUCGUUAGAAUCAAGUACAAGUCCAAAGUUUAUCAAAUUCAAAUGUCACAAUGCUUGCAACUAGAUUUAAUCACGAGGCCGCGAGUACGCGGCUCUCAACACACACCCAAAGGUUUUCGAACACUGUCACGUAUGGUAUUAUCACACAAGCUGGAAGCGCUUCACCAGCAACACACUGUUUAUCCAAUGUCAUCUGUCACAACGACACUAUUAUAUCCUUGAUUGCAAAGUUGAAUAAGUAUGGAUAGUUUAUUUCUUAGCGGGGGGUAUGAAUAGUUUGCGCGCUAUAUGGCUAGUGCUUUUGAGUUUGCGCGAUGCGCGAUGUCACAGGUUCAUCCAGAAGGAUCCUCUUGUGAUCCUCUGGCAAUGAAUGAACUGGAGUCCGUAACCUUUUUUGCUUGGUGAAGUGAGUUAUCAUGGGGAGAAACGUAAGAAUUCAAUGGGCACCUUUUACGAAUUGAGCGCAAGGCGGGCCAGUGCGCAAGUCGCAC